CCGGCGUGAUUCACUUCCGGACCGACAAAGGCGACGCGAUCACCUCGUUGUCGACACCGAGGACUACCGCUUGGCUUGCUCCUCUGCGCACUUGCGGACGACCAUCUCGUGUCCGCCCUUGUGGGUGUCAUCUGUGCUCUACUGCGUUCAUCCCGGCGGCAAUUGUAUCUUGUCUUACAUACGGGUCCUCUCUAUCUCCGCUGGAUAUAUGCGCUCUUGAUCCGGCGUCGACAUCGAGACGCCACUUACAUACAUCUCAAUUUGACCUCAGACCAGCAUAUACAAGCUAUCGUUACAUCUAACCUUUUCCCAAAGCCUUUCCACAACAAGCCAUGGAUACCACAGACCACGAUAUAGCUGGUUCUCCUAAUUACGAAGACAUGGAAGAGUAUUACGAGGAUACGCCGUCCACAAGCAUCAGCGGGGGUCGUUCACACCACGUACCUGAGCUCCCUCAGCCCAUUAAGAAGAAACGGCGUCGCGAGGCGCUCAGCUGUUCAGAGUGCAAGAGGCGCAAGAUCGGAUGUGAUCGGAAAAAGCCUUGUGGUCCGUGUGCACGUCGAGGCGAAAGCGACAUGUGCAAGUGGUCUGUGCUCCCACCAGUUGACAAGCCUAUAGGACGCUCCUCAUACAACGCGCUCAAAGAUCAGCUUACGUCUACGCAGAAGGUCUGUAAGGAGCUACAAGCCCUCUGUCACAAACAAGCGGACGAGAUGCAAGCACUCCGCUCCCAAAUCGCUGCUCCAUCCAGUCCAGCCUCUAGCCCGGCCGCACAUCUACAACACAAGCGACCAGUGGGUCCCCUGGAGCAAUUUCAAGCUCAGGCCGAAUCAUUCAAGUCCGCCAGAAAGGACCGUGCUCGCGUUGCCUCAUCCUAUACCCACUCCAGUACCUCUCCUCCUUCCACGGGUAAUGGAGGUGCACCUCCUGUUCUCAUCCAAGCAUCUGAAACCUUGGAUGGCUUCCCAGCCUUCCCGGAUGUCGAUGCUGGGCUGGGAAGAAGCAAUCAACCUGAAAUUAAUUCUGCUAGCGAUGUUUGGACUGGGAUCCCUGAACGUUGGGUCUGCGAUCAGUUAACCGACUUCUUUUUCUCUGAUAUUGAAUGGCAUAUAUGCAUGUUUCAUCGACCGACUUUUGACAGCAACUAUAGAAAGUUCUGGUCUCUCAAUACAGCUGCCGAAAGAGCCGAGGUUGUCAACCCUCAAUGGAUGGCGCUGUGGUGGUCAAUUCUCUGCUUAGCUUUGACAAGUAUGGGCCCAGAGGAACCUAUCAAACGAGGCAUAUGUGUCGAUCGACAAACUUGGAAGGGAAUGGGAAAGCGCUUUUGGCUCAUUGCCGAACAAGCACUCAGGGAUGCAGACUACAUGUCGAGUCAGAAUAUCGAGACAGUCCAGGCUCUUGUCCUGUCUUCCUACUGCAACCUGUCUCUGGACAAUCAAGGCUACAAGAGCCAAGCAGCUAUGACAGCUUUGGCGAUACGAAUUGGAAUGAAUCAGGGGCUGCACAGACUUGGCCAAGAACCGCAUGGAGUUGCACCGCCAAAGGGACUGAUACAAAGAGAGCUCCGCAGGAGAGUAUGGUGGAAUGUGGUUUUCUUGGACUGGAACAUAUCCACUCAAAUGAACUCGACGUAUCUCAUUCACCCUAAUCAGUGCAAUACCGCAAAGCCUAUGAACCUAGAUUGGGACGAUAUGGUUGAAGGUCGGCCGUUGCCCACCAAGCCUACCGUCGAACGUACGAGUGCCUCCAUGUUGUUGGCCAAAGUCGGCUUAGCCGGCACUGUCAGAGAACUGACAGAUCGAAUCAACAGCAUGAAUGGAGUCCUUGAUUCGGCCUAUUUGCCUAUACACAAGGCUCAGCAGGAUGCUUUACUCCGUACGCUGCCGAUGUGCUGGAGAGUACCAGAUAGUGCCUUGGAAGACAGAAUGCCAGUUGUCAGGUGGGAGUACCUGCAGUUCAAUCUCCAUAUGCACAAUCGAAGGAUACGGAUGCACCGACCUUUCAUGCUCGAUGGCUAUCGAGAUGGCACUUAUCACGCUCAUCCUUCUACUGGUCCUUGUGUCAGGGCAGCUCAUGCGAUCCUUGUCCUCUUCAAAGACGGUCAGGAGAAAGGUUUCCCUGGAUUCUACGCUUGGUAUAAUUUGAUGUAUUGUUGGAUGGCUGCUGUUAUUCUUGCCAUGGACGCUUUUUACUUGCCCAAUGAAAAGGUAAUCGGAACAGAGAUACAGGAAAGGUCGAGGAACGACUAUAUCAUGUUCGCCAUCGAAACGCUGGAAAGGUCGAAUGAUAUCAGCGAAAUUGCUUCUAGAGGCGCACAUGUCCUGCGAUUCUUACUCGCCGAAGCACAGAAACGGACAAGCGCCGGCGCUCAGAACUCGCCGGCAUCAUCUCAAUCAAGCCACCUAUCUGCAGGUAUGGGGCCGGCUACCGUGCAAUAUCAACCGCAAUCGAACCUUCGGACGGUUCAAGAUCUGCAGUUCCCUUCCACGAAUGUGAACGGAGAUUAUGCCAACAUCUCUGCGGAGCAGGCGUGGAUGAACUUCGGUGAUUUGCAACCUGACUUGCUGAACGAGUUGAGCAUGACUAUGCCUUCAAGCAAUCAAAUCACACGAUAUGGAAAUUCGACGCAGCACACACUACAAUGGGCUCAACACAUGAUGCGCCCACACCAACCUCAACAGAUGAUGCCUUAGGAACGGCCAUUGGAGGAUAUCUUUACCAUACCAUACAAUCACACCAUGUACCAUAACGCAUCCCUAUAA